GACACUCAGUACGGCGCUGAUAAGCGGCACACAGCUGAGAUCAUGACUUAAACGUAAAUAAUUCGCUUUUGAGUUUUCUAAAACGCUGACUUUACAGAGAAUUACUUACGAAUGCGCUGGGCACAACGGACAAAGUGGUUGUUUAAAAAUAAAACUGAGCUGAUUAUUCAUAAAAUAUUGAACGGUGAAGAGUAUUGCAGCUGAACCAACAACUGAGGUGAUAUUCCCAAAAGUGGACUACAGAAAUGUCAUCAAACAGUCUGAUCAUAUAUUUUGUACUUCUGCUAGCGCUGUGCAGCGGCUGGUCCACAUCCAAAGCAUCUACGCUGAACCUGACCGAAAGCUGUAACGUCAACCAAAUGUACUUUUGCACUUUGACCAACCUGAGCAGCACGCUACGCGAUCCAUUGCUCAUAGCCAACGCCACUGCACCGCAGCUCAGCGAGCUGGUACUGCGCGACUCGAUACUUCCACGGAUACCCCGCUCAUUACUCGCACAAGCGCCCGCGCUGCGUGCCUUCUUCUUGCACAACUGUGAACUCCAGCGACUUACCGUCUUUGACUUUCCCACCGGGCAUCCACUACAUACUUUAGUACUGCAAGCGAAUUGCAUUUCUGAUGUGCCCGAAAAGGUGUUCGUGCCGCUACACGAGCUGCAAGAGCUACAGCUCGGACGCAAUAUGAUACAUAUGGUGCAUAAGAAUGCCUUCGCCGGUUUGGAGCGUCUACAUUAUUUGGACUUGCAGCAAAACGAUAUACGCGAGCUGCCCGCUACGUUGUUUGACGAGCUCGUCAGCUUGGAGCAUAUCGAUCUGAGCUCGAACAGUAUCCAGCGGAUCGAUGUCAACACUUUUGUUCGCAACACAAAACUGCAAACUUUGCUACUGGGCGACAACAGUUUCGCCACUUUUGAGUCGAAUGCCUUAGAGCAUUUGUCGCAUCUGCAUCUGCUCGACAUCAGCAGCAGUAAUGUCAAGGUGCUGAGCUUAGAGUCGGUCGAUACGCUCUUGGCGCAGGGUGGUGCGCUGGAGAACAUCGUUAUAUCGGGAAGUGCCGUCAAAGUGCAUGCAGCCAACAAUUUACUGAACAAGCUGGAAAUCGGCGAUAAACUCAGUGUGCGCGAACUGGAUCUACACGGUAAUCGGCUGGAGUCACUAGACUGUAUGGUGGGCAUGUUGAAUCUGCAACGUCUGGAUGUGGCACGAAAUCAGUUGAAGACACUACGCACUUUUGAGUCCCCACAGUACCUUCCACUACCGAAUUUAGUGCAUUUGAGCUUGUCAACCAAUCAACUGCAGAACAUAACGCUGGAAACAUUUCUGCUGCUUCAAAAGCUAACACAACUCGAUCUGUCUUUCAAUAAUUUGUUAAACCUGGAUCAGCGUCUCUUUGCGCCACUGAUCAAUCUGGAGAAGUUCUAUAUUGAAGGCAAUCGCCUGCACAGCUUCGAUUAUGAAAAAUUCGUUGAGUCGCAUGAGUACGUGAAAGAGUUCGGCAUGUUCGAGAAUGAGUGGGAAUACCGUUAUAUGCGCACGAUGGUUGCCUACUUGAAAGAGCACAACAUUCAGCUGCCAGGGCGCUUUACUUCGAACAGUAAUGGCAACAGUGUGGGAAAUCGCAUUGACACGACAUUGAACUCACUAUCGACGUCCGAUAAGGCGGCUCAUCAUCGGUAUGCGUCCACUGCUAGUUCCGUAAAUAAUUUCGACACGCUCGAUACUGGUAUGUUGGCAGCAUCGUCAGCAGCGACUGCAAUGACUGAUAUCAGUGGUAUUCACCCCUACUUCACCACUCGCGAUGUGCUCACUUUGGUCAUAUUGUUGUUGGUGUUUUUGAUUUUACUGCUACAACUGUUCAGCAUUCUGCGUGAAGAGGAGUAUCUGCCCAAUUGUUGCAAUAGACUCGCGCGAAAUGCGCGCACACAUAAUCGUCGACGCCUGGAGGAGGAAGAAGAGGACUCAGAGGUGUAGGCCUAAUUUCGAAGGUUCUACGUAGUCAUAAGAGUUAUACACAAGUGUUAAAAUGCAGUGAUAACGCAUCAUAAUUGAUUUCUAGAAAAUUUUAGGUAUAGAUUUGAAGAAUAAAAUAGAUGCAUUUGUAUAAAAGUCGCAGAAGAACCGAA